AUUCAUCUUACUCUCCACAACUCUUUGCUGCAUUUGGCAGACAUGGCGUUACCAAUCAGAUGGCUAAGAAUAGUCAUCUGAUUCCUGCUUUGUAGCAUUCUGAAGGAUUGACCUUCUUGGAAUGUAAUCCCAGUGGCGUCUCUUUUCUGUGUAGCCCACUCUGCUAUCAAACAGCCGAGUGACUCCGGGUUGAUCAGGGGCGCCUCAAGAAUUGCAGAUAUCACUUCACCUGGAAGAUUCACCCACUGCUACUCAGAGCGGUUUCUGAAAUACCAUGUCUAAGAACUCGGAGUUUAUCAAUCUGUCAUUUUUGUUAGAUCAUGAGAAGGAAAUGAUCCUGGGAGUCCUAAAGAGAGAUGAAUAUUUGAAAAAAGUGGAGGACAAGAGAAUAAGGAAGCUGAAAAAUGAACUCUUAGAAGCAAAACGUAGAAGUGGGAAGACUCAACAAGAAACCAGCAGAGUCUGUGUCUACUGUCAGAGAAACCUGGGCUUAAUAUUCGACCGAGGAGACCCGUGCCGGGCCUGCUCACUGAGAGUGUGCAGCGAAUGCCGGGUCUCGGGCCUUGACGGCAGCUGGCAAUGCACCAUCUGUGCCAAAGUCGCGCAGCUAAGGAUUGUAACCGGUGAAUGGUUUUUUGAAGAAAAGGCAAAGCGUUUCAAGCAAGUCAAUCUUCUGGGCACUGAUAUAGUCCGACAGUCCAUCUUAAGAAGAAGCCCAGGAACUGAAGAAAUACAAAGUCAAGAGCAACCCCACCAGGAUGCAGAAAAGGCAGACACUUCACCUUCUGCCAGGCAAAAGGCCAGUCAUGAUGGACCCAGGAAAAAGGGAUUUCUUCUUAGCAAGUUCAGAUCAGCAACCAGGGGAGAAAUCAUAACUCCAAAAACUGAAAGUGGGCGGAGCUACAGCUUGGACUUAGACGGCCAAAACUUUCGGAGUUUAAAGUCCAUCCCUGGUUCAGACAGGGGAAGCACUGGUUCAUCAGACCUUUAUGACCAGGAAGCUGGCCCGGCAACUCGGAAGAGCAGCCGGAGCAGUGGAGUGACCCCCGUCACGCAGAGGUCACCGGCUCCAAGCACACGCAGCGUGACCUCAGCCAGCAGUAGAGAACAUGGUUUCGAAAAUUCCAUGGAUUUGGCUGCCCUUGAAAGCACAUCUGACGACCUCACAAAGAGUCGUCGCAGAAACACUUCUGGCACACCGUCCAUAGCAGUGUCUGAGGUCUCCCUCUCCUCAGACCGGAGUCAAUCUGAAUUAGAUUUGAGUGGGUCAUUUCCAGAAGAUUUAGAGAAUACUGUAAACAUAAGAAGCAAGUCUGUCCCUGGGGCUUUAGACAAAGACUUGGACUCCUUGGAAGAGACUGGGGAAGGCAUUAAUGACUUAGUGUCCUCACGGUUUUCGGCAAACACCCACAGUCUAGCAAGUGGCCUGUCAACUAGUUCUCCAGCAGGCUCUGACAGGAAGUGGACCUACCUGAAUGUCCCUGAUGCUGACUCAGACACUACCAGCCUUAACAGCAUGAUGAGUGUUUACAGCGAAACAGGAGACUAUGGCAACGUGAAGGUCAGUGGUGAAAUCCUUCUUCACAUCAGCUACUGCUACAAAACUGGCGGGCUCUACAUUUUUGUCAAGAAUUGCAGAAAUCUGGCCAUAGGAGAUGAAAAGAAACAGAGGACGGAUGCUUAUGUCAAGUCGUACCUUCUCCCUGACAAGUCCAGAAACAAUAAACGCAAGACCAAGAUCAGAACAGGCACCAAUCCAGAAUUCAACGAGACAUUAAAGUACACCAUCAGCCAUACCCAGCUGGAAACAAGAACUCUGCAGCUCUCAGUCUGGCAUUAUGAUCGAUUUGGACGUAACAGCUUCCUUGGGGAGGUGGAGAUUCCUUUUGACUCAUGGAAUUUUGAAAAUCCAAGUGAUGAGUGGUUUGUGCUUCAGCCCAAGGUGGAAUUUGCUGCUGACAUAGGCCUUCACUAUAAAGGAGAGCUGACAGUUGUCUUACGUUACAUUCCCCCAGAGGAGAACCUGGUGCUUCCUCUAGAACAAGUUCAAGGAAAGAAGAGCUUCAAAAGGGGAAAGAAGAAGGAGUCACCUGUAAUAUUUGGAGGAAUACUGGAAGUGUUCAUCAAAGAGGCAAAGAAUUUGACCGCAGUGAAGUCGGGAGGCACUUGCGAUAGCUUUGUGAAGGGCUACCUGCUCCCUGAUGACAGCAAAGCCACCAAGCACAAAACUCUGGUAAUAAAAAAGAGUGUUAACCCUCAGUGGAACCAUACUUUCAUGUUCAGUGGCCUGCAUCCCCAGGACAUAAGGAAUGUUUGCCUCGAACUUACUGUCUGGGACAAGGAGGCCUUUUCCAGCAACAUCUUUCUGGGAGGAGUUCGUUUGAAUUCUGGAACUGGUAUGAGCCAUGGGAAGAACGUGGAUUGGAUGGACUCUCAGGGGGAAGAGCAACGCCUUUGGCAGAAGAUGGCCGACAAUCCUGGGACUCCCGUAGAGGGUGUACUCAUGCUCCGUUCCAGCAUGGGGAAGUGUAGACUCUGAAGGUACCAGUCUCCAAAAUGGGGCCUCCAGGCACUGUCUGGCUGCCAUUUCCUAUUAUUAUCAGGCUUGGUACCUGGGAUUCUGUUUCCCUGCCAUUUCUCACCUGAGGGAACUGGGACAUGCGGGGAGAGAUGUCAGUGUUAUGAACAUUUAGGGACUUGCUGAGUGUCUAUAAGAGCAUGUACCUCCAUAUGUCCAUGGAUCAAGGCCUUUUUGAUUGGAUGAUGGAAAGUGUGUCACAUUGUCCUGUCAGCAAGUAAAUUGUACAGUGAUUCAUAGGCUUUAUACCAUAAGGGAAAUGGUGCAAGCUUCUUUGAAACUACAGUAGAGAUUUGGAGUCCCUAAACUUCUAUUAAUGAGUUAUUUUAGGUUUCUUAAAAGGGUUUGAGGGAUAAAAGGGCCACUCAUAAUAUAGAUCACUUGAAGAGUAAGAAGGAAUACUGUCUACCCUUUUCUCACCCUGGGAAUCCCCACAGUCCAAAGAAGGCAUGGUGGGGAUGGUUGCUUGGACAAGGAGGUGGCCCUGUUAUUGUAGCAAACUUGUGGAUUAACCAGGUAAGUUUUCAAGAUGAACUGAAAGGUUUUUUUGGUGACUAUGUAAUUUAUAAUCUAAAUCAGCCCACUUUUGAGAAUGAGAAGAACGAAAUUAUUAUACUGGAACAACAGAUGUAAACCAGGAUUGAACUGGGAAAAUUGGGAUGUAGGGUCACCCUAAUUAUGACCUAACAAUUAGUUCUAUUAUAAACAGUUAGUUUAUAAAAUAUUCUAAGCCACUAACUACAAGGAAGUAAGAACUAAUGCACAUUUUGAGCUCCUGCUUGUAUCAUAUUUACUGAUAUCUCUUUGGUCAAAGGAAGUCAUAUGGCCAAGCCUAAAAUCAAUAGGCAGGAAAAUCCAUCUGUGCACGAUGAAGCCAUGGCAAGGUUGAUAUGCAGAAAGGGAAGAAGAAUUGUUACCAGUAGUUCAGUCUACCAUACUUUCUGUUACCUGGAAUUCUAGAUGCUUUAGCCACCAAACUUAAAUGCCAAGGUAGUUGAAGCAGAAAGUUACCUCAGACCUGUUCCUCAUUUUGCAUAUUCCAAAUCUGAAGCCCAGGGAGCUGACAUGACUUGGCCAAGGUCAUAUAGAAGCUAUGACUAUAUUCAGACUUAAAUCCAGGCUGUGAUUUAUAGGCCAGUAUUUUUUCUACUGUAGCCCCUGGCAUAAUCUUGUGCUUAUCCAGGUGGAGAGGAGGGCAUAGAUGAAAGAAGGUGGAGCAGAGUCGGAUUACUUCAGUAUGAAGUACCUGAUCGACUUUUCUGCCAGAGUCCUAGUCUAGCCCCUCAGCUCAUUUUUUUACUUGAAUUCAUAUAAAAUCUUUGAAAGGAUAGAAACUGAAUUUUAGUGGUAAGAAAGGUAGAAUCAUCUUUAGGCUUAUUCAAGCUAAUUUUUCCAUAUUCUAAAUUUCUUCUUGAAUUUUGAAAACUGAUUUAAGAAUAUAUUUAGCAUUAUUCUGAGGGAAUAAGCAGUCCAUUUUCAGCAUUAUUAAAAAAAGGCUAAUUCUCAAAAAUUAAAGUUACCAGUCUAGUGUAGCUCAGUAUAUAUGGAAUAUUUUUUAAAAACUCAAACUCCCAUCCCUAUGUUGCCCUUCUUAAGAAACAAAACACAAAGUGUAAGAUCAUCACUACUUCCUGUAUUGGAAAACUUGUCUUCAGACUUGACCUGACCCAUUCUGUCUUCAUUGAUAUUUUGGGGACACGUGAGAGGGAGAUGAUAGUGAAGUAUGGAGACAUCUCUAAAGUAAACAAAAUGGGGGCGCCUGGGUGGCUCAGUCAGUUAAGCGUCCGACUUCGGCUCAGGUCAUGAUCUCAUGGUUUGUGAGUUCAAGCCCCGCAUUGGGCUCCGUGCUAACAGCUUGGAGCCUGGAGUCUACUUCUUUGGCUCCCUCUCCCUCUCCCUCUGCCCCUCCCGUGCUUGCUCUCUCUCUCUCUCUCUC